CCACAGCGCAUGCGUGAGAGUUAAAGCCCACCUUUGUAGUUCAGAAGACGAACAACUGAUUCAGCUUCAAUAAACGAUCUUUGGCAUGACAGCACAUCAACUCUUGAUCGAUACUUCGCGAUACUACACCAAAGUAUAACUUAGCAAUUAUGUCUGAAAACGACAGCAGUUUUCCUGCUCAGAUUUUCUCUGCUAACAGAUACAAAGCAAUCGACUAUGUUUUUGAGACCACCACCAGUCUGAAAGUAAUGAUGAACUUGCUGGCACUGCCAACACCUUACUUCACUGGUACCAGUGACCUGUACCCCCACAGUGGCAAGCUGCCGGAAGUCACCUACAGGACACCGUGGAUCAGAGGAAAGGUGAUCUCCACCUGCAAACUCUUUGUCAGCGGUUCUGUGCUCGAUGACCUGGGAGAAAAAAAGCAACCAGUUAAUUCACCAGAAAGAUUUAACGUGACUCUGAGUGAGGUGAACGGGGAUGAGGAGGUGAUACCCAGCUCUAAUCCUGACUCAUUGAAGGAUCUAGACCAGGAUGAGUAUGUUUGCCUUUUAAAGGAGUCACAGAUCAAAGAUCCAGGUCAGGAAUCAUUUUUCAAGUGGACAACUGACCAGAUGAAACCUGGAAAUAAGAACAAAGAUCUCCUCCUGCAAGAAGAGCUCAUGGUUGUUGAUUACCUGCCACAAUUUAAGAGACAUUUACCCACGCUGAAAGCCAAACUGUCCAGGCUGAGGACCCUUCCUGUUGCCGACCCUCUGCUGAGCUCAACAGGAGAUACCAUCUCCGAGCACACCAUAUUCAGACACUGUGCGUCUUAUGAAAAACCUCCUGAUGUGAACACCAGUGGCAUUCAGACGUGUACAAACAUUCAUGAGGAGUUUUGUAAAGAGUCACUAAUGAAAGAAGAGUGUCUGCUGUUACCGGUUGUGGUGGACACACUGAAUCUGAGUCCAGAAAAUUGCACCGCCUUUUCAAGCAUUUGUGGUCAUAUGAAUGUUGCUCCUGAACAGCUGGAUGAGCAACCUCCAGUUCUGGAUGUGCUUCGUAAAGAUGUGUCAGUGUCGGUGGACAUUUCCCAGUAUGAAAUACCAGAGGAGCCCAGCAGAAAAUGCAAGAAGAAUGGAGGCCUGAUGGAGUCAGAGUUGGCAGGACGUUCGAUGCUUCCGGCUGAAAUGGAGCUGGACGUGACUUUGACUCCCAGGACUAAGUGUCAAACCCAAAUCUGUCUGUCCGCAUGUAAACUCCAGAAGGAAGCGUUGUCGCCGCUCCGCAGACGAUGUUUGGUGUCAACGAGAGCUCAGAAAGAGAUGGAGACGGCACUUUGGAAGGCAGAGAAGCAUCCAACGUUUGUGGUGGGCUUCCUGUUGGCAGAGCGUCAAAUACAUGAACCAGCUGUCGACUUCCAGCCUCUGUCUGAAGCCUUGAGAGUCAUAAAGUUAGAGAAUCAAAGCUUUGUCGGCAUUGGUGACAAACAGCAGGCACAGAUGGGGUGUAUUAUAACCCCACAGGUGUAUUUGUGCAGCGAGCGUGAGUUCACAGAGAGCAUGAGGUCUGAGUUUCCCUCCACCGAGCAGGAAAAGAUGGAAGACUUCAGAAAACUGUCACCUGAACAUGUGGAGUUCAGAUCCAUCCUGAAGAAUCCCACAAACAAAACUCUGAAGAAAUCUGAAACUGCUGUUUUUCAUGCUGGAGAUACUGCAGACGACACCCUUCUUCAAAAAGAAACAGUUGCUGAUACGUCUCAGAACACCUUCCUGGUGCACACUGUCAACACAAACAAUAAGGACGUAAAGCCUGCUGCUACCACCAAAGAUGAAGUUUCAGACAAAAGGUUUCCAGAAGUUGCAGACGACUGUAAGACAGAGCAGAGCACCCACACUCCUGAGCAGGCUACGUCCUCCAGACUGAAUAGCAGAGACAAUCACAGAGGUCUGCUGGUUACGAGACGUCCACCAGAGAAGGACCUCGACCCUCUGUCCACCUUCAUGAUACUGAGAUCUCAGCAGACAGCUCCAGUUACUGCAACACCUCAGAGCUUAGUCAGCACUCCAGCACCACAGAUGGAGCAACGAACACCACCACCUGAGCUGCAGCCUCCUCCUCCAGAGCAGAUGCAAAGAUCAGACAGGAGGCCAAUGUAUAUGAGCAGUGCUGUGACAGGAAAUGCUACCAGAGAGCAGAAAGCAGCUUUUCAGUCGACUGGUCAACUCAUUAGUCAUCCUGUCAGUCCGUCCAUCCCUCAGGACAGCAGAGUAGUACAGGUCCAAGCUACUGACAGCCAGCAGCGUGCCUACUGUGAGCUGCUGGCCUUCGCUCAGCCUUGUUUGAGUUCUGCCAGACAGCUGGGGCUCAACUUCUCGGCAUGGGGAGACUUCAGCUGCCUGGCCCCAGACCAAACACACUUCCUCCUCAAACAGCAGGAGAAGGCACUCUGCAGGACACAUGCACAGAGCGCAGAGCUUGUCAGAGAUCGGGAACUGCUUUUCAACCAGGCGGCUCUGAUUCAUGUGCUGGUGACGUUCAAGGAGCUGCUACUGAAGUGCGACCUCAGUACUGCACUGGAGUACCUGACCAAGGCAGCUGAGGCGUGUGCAGAGCAGAGUCUGGAGCAGCUGGUGAAGAGGCUGCAGAUCAUCCUCUACCUCAGUCAAAAGAACCAGGAGUCCGACCUCAAACUGCUGGAGCUGCAGCAGCUGCUGGCUGCACGGCUGCACAGCAGAAAAGGACAGAACGAUGUGGAGAAAAUUCUUGUCUUAAUAUCAGUCGACUCUGACGACAGCAGAUCUGUAAUCAUCAACAGCUUGAGCCAAGUGACUGGUGCUGCUGUAACUGCAGUUUGUCCUGAGGAGGACAAGAAAACGUUGAAUGGUGCCGGUGUGGUCAGCAGCAUGCGCGACAGUGUGUGUGUGGUGGUGUACGAGCAGCAUGUAGGAGCCGACUUCCCCUGGAGCCAUUUCUGUCUGGUGGUGGAGUACGACCAUCCAGGCCAGUCACCAUGGGCCACAGUCUGCAGAGACAGGAGCAUCAGUCACCUCACCUUCAACACAAUCAUCUGCGACACUGAGAAAGAAAAAGCCUCGUGGUUCCUGGAGGACAAUGUGCCAUAUGUGUUGUUCGUGACAGAGGGGCUUGUCAACUGUCCACUGCUGCUACAGACACUCGAGUCAGGGUUUAAUAUAACUGUGCUGGAGAGGAGCCACUGUCCGUCCUUGCAGAUGCUCGGAGGGACCCAUCGCUACGUUGUGAUCACAGUGGAUGAAAGCACCGCAAUCAUAAUUCAGGAGGAGGAUGAACUGUGUCAGGAGCGAGCCAGUGAGGGAGUAGUGAUGAGGCUGACUGCUCUCUCUCUUCAGUACAGCUGCUGUUGGCUCAUCCUGCACUGCCCAGACAGCCAGGGAGGAGGAUUUUCCAGCGAAGCCUUCAGCAACUUGGUGUUGGUUUAUUCGUCUCUGGUGCUGUUCGGCAUGAAGUCAGAGGAUCUAGACGUGAAGGUGCUGAUUGUGUCUGAGGUGGUGGAAAUAGCCAAAUGGAUCAGUCAGAUCUGCUUUCACAGCCUGAUGGCCAGUGACAGGGACCCUCUCAACUGCCUGGACAGAGACUGGCUGACUGUGAUUCCCUCAGAGGAGGAAAAGUGUCUAUUGCAGUUCCCAUGUAUUAACCCUAUGGUUAGUCAGCUAAUGCUGAGGAGAGCACCAUCCUUCCAGUGGCUCCUGAGGGCCCCUCUGUCUCAGCUGAAGGAGCUGCUCCCUGAGGUGCCACACAAAGUCCUCAAGUGUUGACGCCGCUGAAGAAGGGGAGGUUAAGCUAUGAGAGGGUUCCCGGCCGAAGUGAUGGACAGACAAGGCUUAAAUUAUUUUAGGCAUGAAUGCUUUGUUCCUGUGGCCUGUUUGUAAAGACGAGCGCAAUAUAUACUUAAGCUUUGUUACAUUCAAGUUAUUAAUUGCAUGAUUCAAGUUUAGCUUCCGAGUUUUUAUUCAGAUAAAACUGCGUUUUAGUUUGCCUGCAAAAAGUUUCUAUUGCAAGUUAAGUUUCCCAUUUUUUGGAUAAGAUUAUAUUUUAGUCGUAUAUUUCAUAUUUAACAAGCAACAGCGCUCUUGUCCAUUCCUGUUUUUUUCUUUUAAAAUCAGCUGGACCAUUAAUUAAACUGCAGUAAAGUGCAGUAGUUGCUGACAAAAUUAGAAUGAAUACAGUCAAAAAGUCUAAUAAAAAAAUACUGAUUUUAUUAUUUUACUAACAUUUUAAAAUAUUUUAGUGUUAUAGUAUUUAUUAUUACUUGUUUUAAUACUUUUAAGUUCAUAUUUCACAGCAUUUGUGAUUUUUUUGAUUAAAACUUGUUCAUUAUUUGACUUAUUA